AUGGCGAUUCUUACGGACGGCGAUUCUGAAGGCGAAAACCCUAGUGGAGGCGCUGGUGGCGGAGGCUCAGCCUCGACAGGCACAAAGGAAGGGGAUCUGUUACGUGUUUCACUGAUGGAUUCCGAGGCGAGAGAAGUGCAAGGCGGGACUUCGAAUAUCGUUAAGGCGGGGACGCAAGGGGAGAAUGAGGGAGGGAGAACGGGGGCUACGGUUGGGUCUCCGAUCUCCAUUAAGGAUGGUGCCAGUAAGACUAAUUCUCCAUGGUUGAAGAAUAGUCAGGCUGGUCCUUCGGUACCGGUAAUUGAAGUUGUCGGAGGAGUGGCUUCGAUGCAAAUUCCAGAGGAUAUCUUUGAUGAGUCUGAAUUGCUGUGGAAGUCAUUUGUAGUAGGCUAUUUCAUUGGAGAUGCCCCUCAUAUUGGCUCAGUGCACGCGACUGUGAAUCGCAUUUGGUCUACACCCAAAGAUGGAUCAAAGAUUGAUGUGCAGUUUAUUGAGAAGAAUACUGUUCUGUUUCGUAUUGAUAACAGUCAGAUGAGGACUCGUGUGUUACAGAGGAAAUAUUGGCACAUUGCAAAUGUUCCAUUAGUGGUAAACGUUUGGUCUCCGGAGUCGGCACUCAACCCUCCUGACCUGACUUCAAUGCCGCUAUGGGUUGAUUUGUGUGGAGUUCCAAAUGAUCUUUACUCACAUAAAGGUCUGAAGUGUCUGACAAGAGCAGUAGGGCGUUUUGUUAAGCUGCAUCCAAACACGGAGAGAUGUAUUCGGUUGGAUGUAGCGCGUGUUCUGACUGAAGUGAAUCUUCAUGAACCUUUGGUGGAAAAGAUCACUUUUAAAGAUAAGGAAGGAGUGGAAAGAGAGAUUGGGGUGAACUUCCCUUGGCUUCCACCUCGAUGUACUGUGUGUAGGAAAUGGGGGCAUAAGGCACAAGACUGUACUGGAAAGGAAGUCAAACUGCUGAAGAAACCAGAAGAAGAAGAGAAAGGGACGCAAGUAGAGAUAUUGGCUGAUGUUGAAAAGGAUGUUGGGUUGAAUGAUAGGGCUCUAAGUGAUCUUCUUCAGGAUCUGGAAGCGAUCACUCCUCGACCUGCUAUAUGUGCUUCAUCCAAUGAUUUGGAAACUGAUAUCAAUCAUAAGACCUUAGAUGAGCAGCAUUUACAGGCUAGAGAAAAGGCACAAGGGAUCCAGUUGAUUGAGCCGACCACCGAAGCAUUUCACACUAAUGACACGUGUGGUUGGGAAAAUGCUCAUGGAGGGAGGAAAGGGACAGAAAUAGGUGGUAAUCAGAGCCACCAGGAAGUACUGCAAAAUCAACGUGCAGAUGGAAAAGGAAUUGCAGUUUCACCAUCCAGAUUUAGUCCUCUACAAGAUAUCGUAGAGGAUGAAGAGGAGGAGGAAGAGGAAGAAGAGAUAUUAAAAGAAGUUGAGGAUGGGGAGAUCGUGGAUAGUAAAGUAGCAGGAAAGAAAGUUCAGAGAACGCAAGCAGUGAGUAGUAGGCGUUCCGUAGCGGUUGGGAAGCAAGCGAGGGGCAAGGUUGCCCGUUCUAAGGAUCUACUAAUUUGGUUUUGCUGGUCUAAUGAUGUUAUAGUUACGAAGCUGCAUAUGAGUGCACAAGUUAUUACCUGUGCUAUUCAAAUUCCAAGCACAGGUGAGCAGUUUAUUUGCUCAGCGAUAUAUGCUUUCAACACAGUUGGCGAGAGAAUGACACUAUGGGAAGAGCUGAGGGGUACUAAGGCGGCUUACUGUCAUCUCAAAUUACCGUGGAUAAUUUUGGGGGAUUUUAAUACCACACUCUCUUCUAGUGAGCAUUCUCGGGCUAUGGAUUACAGAGGUGAUCAGAUAGGGAUGAGACACUUUCAGGAGGCGAUAACUGAUUGUAUGGUCACGGAUCUGCCAUAUACAGGGGCUCUUUUUACAUGGUGGAAUAAAAGAGUUGAAGACCCGAUUGGGAAAAAGUUAGAUAGAGCUCUGGUUAAUAGUGAAUGGCUGAGCCAUUAUCCUCAGGCUUCUGCACAGUUUGAUGCUGGGGGAGUCUCUGAUCACGCCAGAUGUGUGAUACGGGUGACAGGUGCUGUGAAUCAAGCUCGAAAACCAUUCCGGUUCUUUAACUACCUCACAGAACAUCCAGAUUUCCUAGCUACGGUUAAGGACGUAUGGGAUAAUACAGAGCCUAUUUACCAUUCGAGGUCAGCCCUCUCUAGGUUUCAUAAGAAGCUUAAACUCCUCAAACAGCCUCUGCGGGCAUUGAACAAGACACACUAUGGGGAUUUACCAGCGCGAACUAAGCAGGCCUAUGAAGAGUUGUGUAACUGUCAGAACACAGUGCUACAAGAUCCUAGUCCUGAAAACAUAGCUAGAGCAGCAGCAGCAGAAGAGAAGUGGAAUAGAUUAGCUCGCGUUGAGGAGAAAUUUUACAUGCAAAAAUCUUGUAGCCAGGAUGCUACAUUGGAGGAAACUUCAGUUGCUUCCCUUCAGGAGCUAUUAACAUACCGGUGCUCAAAUGAAACUGCAGCGGCGCUGGCUUGCCCUGUUACAGCGAAGGAAAUAUAUCAGGCUCUCCAAGCUUUACCUAACGGCAAGGUCUCCGGUCCAGAUGGCUUCACCAAAGAGUUCUUCGUGGCAGCUUGGUCUAUUAUAGGCAGGGAAUUCAUUGUGGCGGUGCAAUCCUUUUUUCUCUUCGGCUUCAUGCCUACUGGUGUUAAUGCUACAAUCCUCUCUCUCAUACCGAAGACAACGAAUGCACAGACAAUGAAGGAGUAUAGACCAAUAGCCUGCUGUAACUUCUUGUACAAGGUUAUCUCCAAAGUACUUGCUAAUAGACUCAAAAUCAUAUUCCCGGAAGCCAUUGAAGCCAACCAAUGUGCUUUCAUCACAGAUCGUUUAUUAUUGGAGAAUGUUUUGCUUGCCUCAGAACUAGUUAGUGGCUAUCACAGAUCAGUGACCGAAGCGAAGUGUGCUAUCAAGUUUGACAUAUCCAAGGCCUUUGAUACAGUGAAAUGGUCUUUCAUCACCUCGGUUCUGCUUGCCAUGGGUUUGCCUCCUCAGUUUGUCAAUUGGAUCCGGCUCUGCAUCACUACUGCGGCUUUUUCAGUGUCUGUUAAUGGAAGUCUGGAGGGUUUUUUCACUAGUGCUAGAGGAAUACGGCAGGGUUGCUCACUCUCACCAUAUCUCUAUGUUAUACUGAACAAUGUGCUUUCUAAGCUCUUGAACAAAGCAGCAGCAGCAGGUGAGUUUGCUUAUCAUCCGCAGUGUGAGGGAGUUAAGCUCACGCAUCUGAGUUUUGCUGAUGAUAUAUUAGUAUUCACCAAGGGCACAACGGGUUCACUUAUGGGCGUUCUGGAGGUUAUGAAAAGAUUCGCUCGAAUGUCUGGUCUCCACAUUAAUGUGGCUAAGUCUUCUAUAUUCGCAUCAGGGCAUAAUAUCAGUGACCUACUUGCUGCAGCAGAAUCGUUAAAUAUUGGAGUGGGCACACUACCUAUUCGCUACCUCGGCAUGCCACUGACGACUAAGACACUUACCAGCCAUGACUACGAGCCAUUGAUAGAUAAAAUCAGAAGUAGAAUGCUCUGCUGGUCCAACAAAACUCUAUCGUUUGCAGGACGACUACAGCUGAUUAAAUCAGUCAUAGCCAGUAUGGUCAAUUUUUGGAGUCAGGCAUUCAUACUGCCUGCGAAAUGUCUUGAUAAGAUAGAGAGUAUGUGUAGUGCCUUCCUCUGGUCAGGCUCACCAACACAAACUCAUAAAGCAAAGGUCAGUUGGGAUGAUUUGUGUGUUCCAAAAGAGGAGGGAGGUCUUGGAAUCCGGAAGCUGCGGGAGACGAACAGAGUAUUUGCUCUGAAACUCAUUUGGCGUCUCUUCACUCAACCUACUUCACUGUGGGUGAGCUGGGUUAAGCAUUAUUUGCUCAAAUAUAAUUCAUUCUGGGAUGUAAGAGAUGACACAAAGGGAUCUUGGAUAUGGAGGAAGUUACUCAAAUUGAGAGAUGUGGCUUAUGAAUUUUUGAGGUUUGAUAUCCAAGAUGGCAACAACUGUCACUUUUGGUUUGAUGAUUGGUUGGGGCAAGGGAAGCUGAUCGACAUCACAGGUCCUACAGGCACUACUUAUUUGGGCAUUAGGAGACACGCUAAGGUUAGCGAUGCUGUUACAUUGGAAGAGUGGAGCAUACGAGGAAGUAGAAGCCGUAGGUUCCACGAGCUGAGAAAUAGUAUCUUACAAAGAGAACCUCCGCAACCAGAGAACGGCAAGGACAUAGUAUUGUGGAAGCAUGGGAGUGAUGAUUACAGAGAUCAUUACUCUGCGGCUAGUACGUGGGAGCAAGUGAGGUCUAGGAGGCCUACAGUCGAGUGGAGUCGAGUAAUCUGGUUCACACAAGGGGUCCCACGAUUCUCAUUCAUAACUUGGCUAGCAGUGAAGAAUAGACUAUCAACUGGUGAUCGUAUGAGACAAUGGGGAAUGGUACAGAGUUGUGAACUUUGUGGAGAGAGAGAUGAAACGCGUGAUCAUUUGUUCUUCGCAUGUCCUUAUUCCUACACAGUGUGGGAGAGUCUGGCUAGGAGACUUAUUGGCAUCAGCAUCAAUCCGGAUUGGCAAUGGACACUGCAUCGCAUACAAAGAAUGAGUCAAGGGAAAGCUGAUACUGUUUUGGUGAAGCUUUUGUUGCAGACCACAAUUUACCACAUUUGGAGAGAAAGGAAUGGGAGGCGUCAUCAGCAAAGCAGAGUCACCACUGAUCAUAUGCGUCGGCGCAUUGAUAAGGCAGUGAGAAACAGAAUCUCAUCACUCAAAUACAGGUUCGAUCACAAAUAUGGAGGAUUACUCAGCCGUUGGUUCCAGCUUAGUAUGUGA